AUUUAUAUAAUCUUAUUUGUCAACAUCAAUAUCAACUGUAAGUGAGAAAGAAGAAGAAUAAUCAAGAGAAAAUAAGAGACAACAUGGAAACUUGACAUGAGAGGUGGCACCAGCUGAGAGGCUUAGUGAGGGUCAACCCGUGUGUACUUUAUCUUGGGAGAGGUGUAGUGACUUGUGAAGUAUGUUGCGGCAUAGACGAAAAGCACUCCAGACAGUGAAGAGUCUUGAUGCAUUCCCUAAAACUUCUGAAGAGUGCAUCGAGGUAUCAACCACUGGGGGAACGUUUUCAGUAUUAAGCUUGUUAUUGAUGAUGUGGCUGGUGGUGAUGGAGGUGAUGUACUACAUGGAGACCACUUUCACUUACACCUUCAAGCCAGAUGCAGAUUUUACUGAAAAACUCAAGAUAAAUGUUGACAUCACAAUCGCCAUGCCCUGUAGAUUUGUUGGUGCUGAUGUGUUGGACAUGACAGGUCAACAAGUUAUGACAUUUGGUUCUUUAGAAAUGGAGGAUACUUGGUGGGUCUUGGAUCCUGAUCAACGAAUUCAUUUUGAAGGUGUACAGCGGGUGAACAGCUAUCUACGGGACCAGUUCCACUCCAUACAUGAGCUAUUGUGGAGGAGUGGUUACACAAAUAUUUUUGGUGAUAUGCCUCGAAGACGGAUCAUCCCCGAGAGGGAGAAGGAUGCCUGUCGGUUAUAUGGGACCUUAGAAAUCAACAAAGUGGCUGGUAACUUCCACAUCACAGCAGGUAAAACCAUACCACUUCCUAGGGGUCAUGCCCAUUUGGCUGUGUUCAUGGACGACAGAGACUACAAUUUCACCCACCGGAUCAAUAAGCUGUCCUUUGGUGACCCAGCACCUGGGAUUGUGCAUCCACUGGAGGGUGAUGAACAGUUGGCUGAAAAGAAUCACAUGACAUACCAGUACUUUGUUACAGUAGUACCAACUUAUGUCAACACAUACAGUCACCGUGGCUCUUCAUUCCAGUACUCUGUAGCAGAACAGUCUAGAGAAAUAUCACAUGAAAAGAAUUCCCAUGGAACUCCUGGGAUUUACUUCAAGUAUGAUGUGUCUGCCCUGAAGGUGGAGGUCGUGGAGCAUCAUGAGCCUUUGAUAACAUUCCUCACACGGUUAUGUGGGAUUGUUGGAGGAAUCUUCACAUGUUCAGGUUUGAUUAGCCGUUUUGUUGGUCUGUUGGUGAACUGCUUGACGUGUCGUUUCUUAAAAUCUGAUGAUAAUGGAAAAGUGGAGGAGGAGGCAUCCAAGCCUUUACUUAAGCCUCCUGCCACCCUCCUUCUUGCAUCAAAUCUCCAGCCAUCAGUUGCUGGGCCACAACUCACCUCGACCAUCACUACUACCCCUCCAACUUUAGUGUCAGGACCAUCACAAGAACCAAGCCCUACUACCUGACACCUUUUAUCCCUCUUCAUUAAAUGAGGAACAUCUAGUUUUCACCACAUGUAGUUUAUCAUGUAGAAGGUACUCAUCAUUUUCUCACAAUUAACAGUUUAGUUUAUUUCUAAUACUUCUAUUUAUAUCACUUUGCUUAAAGACUUUAUACAACAGUUUUAUCAAGAUGUUAGAUUUUUAUGGUUUGAUUUUUGUGACUUAGUUGGAAUUAUUGGAGUAAGUCUGUCAGUUUAAACAUCAGAGUCUGAAUUAAGCUUGGUAUUAAAAAUUAUGUUUUCCUUAAUACUAUGAGAUUGAUAUGUAUUAAUAUUUUAGUGAAUCCAGUGAUCUUGUAUCUUCUUCUCUAUGUAGAUAUUAUGAUUAGCUUAAAUUAUUAUUGUAAUGUGUAAGGUUUGCUUUAUUUGUUUUUAUAUAUUACAUCCUUAAGUUUUAGCCACCAUUAUUCAUAUUGUUUAUGUAAUGAUGAGACUUUUGUUUUAAAAAUUCAUCACAUGUUAAAUCCUAUCUUUUAAUGUUGUUAAAUUUGUCUUCUGAAAAUUCUAAAGUUUGUUGGUAAAUACAGCACAGUACAGUAUGUACAGUACUCACAUUCUGUUAUGUUCAUAAAUAUUUAUAGAGGAGCAUGUUACAUAGCUGAUUUUUUUUUAACUUAGGUAAUUCAUAAUAGAGGUUGAAAAAUAAAAGAGCAAUCUGUGUAAUUACUGUAUUUCAUUAGUGUUACUAUUUAUUAUAUUUGGUAAUUCUGUUUUUUAAGUUUUGGAGCUGAUAUCAGAUUAAUUAAUAAAAGAAUUUGAAUCAUAUUGUCUACAUAACAAAUUAUCUUUAUAACAGAAGAGGAUUUGCUCUUUCUUUAUUCAUUUUAAUUUUCAUGGUUAUUUUGAAUCUGAAAUUUCACAAAAACUUCAGCUUGAUGUCAACCUCAAAAGAUUGUUGUUCAUUUUCAUUCUCUUAUCAUUUUAUAUGUACAGUAAAGUACUCUUUCAAUUUUUA